AGAAAUAGAAUGGGUUACCUUAUCCAAGCGUGUUUCCAUCCCAACGGCAUAUUACGAUGCUAUGCUAUCAUCCACUCCUCAAUCCAACUUCCCUGUCACUACAACCACCUUCCGUCAGUUAAACUAAACUCUAACAAUGGCUUCCACGUUUCAUCUCUCAACUCCUUUCUCUCAAAUCCACCCUCUCAAACCCAAACCCAAACCCUCCCUCUUCCACCUCUCCAAAACCCAUCUCUCCCACAAUCUCAAACCCAUCCACCCUCGAAAAUUCACCAUUAACUCCACCGACAUUUCAAAAGAAGAAGAACAACAGCAACAACAAGCUUCACCCGAUUCCGAAAAGCUUCGCCUGGAAGAGAAAUUCGCUGUCUUGAACACCGGAAUCUACGAAUGUCGUUCAUGUGGGUAUAAAUACGACGAAGGUGUUGGUGACCCUUCGUAUCCCAUUCCUCCUGGUUAUCAGUUCGAGAAGCUUCCAGAUGAUUGGAGAUGUCCGACUUGUGGUGCGGCGCAGAGUUUCUUUGAGAGCAAAAGUGUUGAGAUUGCUGGGUUUGCUCAGAAUCAACAGUAUGGACUUGGUGGAAAUUCUCUUACUUCUGGUCAGAAAACUGUGCUUAUUUAUGGUACUUUGUUGUUUUUCUUUGGGCUUUUUCUUAGUGGCUACUUCAUACAAUAGUUAUUAUUAUCAUUCUUUUUUGUUUCUGAAUUUAUGUUGGAUUUGAUGCUUUGUUGGUCACAAGUGUAUGUAAUGUUGUCAAUACUCAAUAGUAAGAGCCAAGUAUGAGGGUUAUCAGUCAAUCAUCUUACACAUUACAAACCAUUUCCUUUGUAGAAAUAUGACUAUGGAAGGAAAUUGGUAUUGCAAUACUGCAAUUCAAUCAUUCUCUUAGAAAGUGAAA